AUGGCUGUGUCUGCUGAAGAGGUCAACUUCCUUGUAUACCGGUACCUCCAGGAAUCUGGACAUUUACAUUCCGCAUUCACAUUUGCGUACGAAUCUCUUGUUACCAAAUCCACCAUCGCAACGAUGCACGCUAGCCAUGUCCCGCCGGGUGCACUCAUUUCAUUCAUUCAAAAGGGUCUCAUGUACCUCGAGUUGGGCCUGCAACGCUCGAGUCUCAUAUCCUAUCCGAACCGGCCCAAAGAUGGCACCCCUGCGUGUCAGCCGCGUAAUCAGUUGACACAAGUGUCCAUCCCCUUGUUUAGCAUGUAUCGCGUAUUAGGUUCAGAACUCAAAGGAGAAACACUCAUCCCAAAUGAGAGCCAAGUGCUUGAGAGUAGUGAGUUGUCUAUAGACGAACCUCAGACCAAUACAUCAGUACUUCCCUCGCGCAUGAUAUCAUCAAACGAUGUCGUGAUUCUUGCCGGUCAUGAAGCUGAGGUAUUCUGUUGCUCAUGGCAUCCACAUGAUGAACUCCUUGCAUCUGGUUCGGGCGAUUCAACUGUCCGCCUAUGGGAUUUCCCAGGGGGGAAAACGGCUGCUUGUCUUAAUGCACUGCCCCCUCAAGCAAAGGUGACAACAUUAGAAUGGUCUACUGACGGGAAUUUACUUGCAACGGGCUGCAUGGAUGGCAUCGCACGCUUAUGGUCACGUGAUGGGAUCCUGCAGCAUUCUCUCGCCGCUCAUUCUGAGUCCAUAUUUUCGCUAAGGUUUGAUGCUGUGGGUAAGCGGCUUCUCACCGGGUCAUAUGACAAGUGCGUAUCGGUAUGGGAUGUUGCCACUGGCAAGCUUCAGCACAAGUUCGAGGCUCACUCAGCUCAAGUCUUGGAUGUAGACUGGAAACAUGGAGGAUACCACGGCCGUGACGUCUUUGCGUCAUGCUCCACGGAUCGCACAAUUGCUGUAUGUGCCCUUGCAGAUGACAAUGCUGUAGCCGGUUCUCCUGCGACGACGACAACUCCCUUGCAAGUCCUUGUUGGCCACGCCGAUGAGGUCAAUGCGAUACGAUGGGAUCCCUCAGGAUCAUUACUUGCUUCAUGCUCUGAUGACCACAAUGUGCUCAUUUGGCAGCUUGGCCACAAUCAUACCGAGGAGAUUUAUACUAUACGAUGGUCACCGACAGGUCCUACAACUGCACUGCCAAACGCACCGUGUAGACUUGCUUCUGCUUCGUUUGAUGCCACGGUGCGUCUCUGGGAUACCGAAAUCGGAGUUUGCUCGCAUACAUUGCGAAAUCAUACUAAGAAGGUUUAUACCAUUGCGUUCUCGCCAAACGGUGAUCUCCUUGCAUCUGGAUCACUUGGAGGUCAACUGAACAUCUGGUCAGUCAAAACUGGUAUUCUGGUUCGCACUUUCAACCAAGGAUCGGCUGAUAUAUUUGAAGUUGCGUGGAACGCAAACGGGACUCGACUUGCCGCCACGUCGACGAACGCAGUGACCAUAAUCGACGUCAGAAACUAG